CCGCGGAACUGGCCAGACAAACAUGGAUCUUCGUAAAACGCUGAUUUCGGUGCUUUGGAUAUUAUUGCUGAACCCGGUGGAGGACUGUCACGCCGAGGAAGUGGUGCUGCUGAAUUCUAAAGAGACUCAGGCAGAGCUGGGCUGGACGUCGUAUCCCCCCAAUGGAUGGGAGGAAAUAAGCGGCGUGGAUGAGAAGUACAAGCCCAUCCGAACGUACCAGGUGUGCAACGUGAUGGAGCCCAUGCAGCAGAACAAUUGGCUGCAGACCGGCUGGGUGGCACGCCGUGGCGGCCAGCGCAUUUUCGUGGAGCUCCAGUUCACACUGCGUGACUGCAACAGCAUCCCUGGCGUGGCAGGCACAUGCAAGGAGACCUUCAACCUCCUGUAUGUGGAGUCAGACCGGGACCUCGGGGGUGUGACCCGGGAGGACCGCUACACCAAGAUCGACACUAUCGCCGCCGACGAGAGCUUCACACAGGGUGACCUGGGUGAGAGGAAGAUGAAGCUGAACACAGAGGUGCGCGAGAUCGGCCACCUCAACCGCAAGGGCUUCCACCUGGCAUUCCAGGAUGUCGGCGCCUGCGUGGCUCUAGUGGCCGUGCGGGUGUACUACAAGCGUUGCCUAGCGACUGUCCAGAACCUGGCCGUGUUCCCAGACACGGUAGCUGAGGCGGCAUUCGCCACGCUGGUGGAGGUGCACGGCACCUGUGUCAACAACUCAGAGGUAGACACGGACAGCCCUCCCAGGAUGCAUUGCAGUGCCGAAGGGGAGUGGCUGGUACCCAUUGGGAAGUGCAGCUGCAGCGCCGGCUAUGAGGAGGGACACAGCAGCUGUGAAGCUUGUCCCCCUGGCUCCUACAAGAUGUCCUCCAGGCAGCAGGAGUGUUUUCCCUGCCCGGCCAACAGCGUCGCAGAGGAGGAUGGAUCGGUGGUGUGUGUCUGCGAGGAGGACCACUUCAGAACGCCCCUGGACACGCCGUCGGCCCCCUGCACACGCCCCCCCUCUCCACCUAGGGACCUGGUCUACACCCUGAAGCAGUCCACCCUGAUCCUGGAGUGGGCCGCACCCUCGGACACGGGCGGCAGGGUGGAUCUGACCUACAGCGUGGGGUGCCGGCGGUGCGUGGCAGGGCAGUGUGAGCCGUGCGGGGCCAGCGUUGGCUUCGUGCCCCAGCAGAUUGGCCUGACGGAGAGGACGGUGACUGUGGUCAAUCUUCUGCCCAACACCAACUACACGUUCACGGUGGAAGCCUUGAACGGCGUGUCGGAGCUGCUGCCCAACAAGAGGUUCUACACACAGGUCAACGUGUCAACCAGUCUGCCUGCGCCCUCUCUGGUCAGUGAGCUGCGAGCGGAGAAGAUCGAACAGAAAAGCAUAACCUUGGUGUGGCGGGAGCCGUCCUACCCCAACAGCAGCCGCACCGAAUACGAGGUCAAAUACUACGAGAAGGAGCAAAAGGAUCAGAGGUAUUCCACUGUGAAGACCGCCGCCACCCGGAUCAGUGUCAACAACCUCAAACCUGGCACCACAUAUGUCUUCCUCAUCCGUCCCUUCUCCACACCGGCCCCCUCCUCAUCCCUCUCCUCCUCCCCUCUCUCCUCCUCCUCCUCUUCGUCCUCCUCUUCUUCCUCCUCGACCUCCUCUGCCUCUUCUUCCUCCUCUUCCUCGUCCUCCUCCUCCUCCUCCUCGUCCUCUUCCUCUUCGCCGUCCAUCGAUUACGGCGCGUACAGUGCCCCCCUGGAGCUGCAGACACUUGGCGAGUUGGCGCUGGCCUCCAGUGAACAGAGUCCAGUGGUGAUCAUCGUCGUCGUGUCUGUGGCUGCUCUCAUCAUGCUGCUGUCCAUGGGAGUGGGCCUGCUCAUCUGGAGGAGACAGUGCGGGUACAGCAAAGCCUCUCAAGAGGGAGACGAGGAACUCUACUUCCAAUUUAAGAUCCCAACAAGGAGGACCUACAUCGAUCCUGAGACGUGUGAAGACCUUCUUCAGGCUGUGCAUGCCUUCGCGAAAGAACUAGACAACUCCAGCAUCAAGAUAGAGAGAAUCGUGCACACAGGUGACUUUGGGGAGGUGUGUCGCGGCUGCCUGAAGUUGCCCAGUAAGAGAGAGCUGCCCGUCUCCAUAAAGACGCUGAGAGCCGGCUGCUCGGACAAACAGCGCCGCUCCUUCCUCAGCGAGGCUGGCAUCCUUGGGCAAUUUGACCACGCCAACAUCAUCCGACUGGAGGGCGUCAUCACCACCGGUAACACCAUGAUGAUUGUGAUGGAGAGCAUGUCUAACGGAGCCUUAGAUUCCUUCCUUAGGAAACAUGAAGGCCAGCUGAGUGUAAUGCAGCUGAUGGACAUGCUGACCGGAGUGGCAUCGGGGAUGAAGUACCUCACUGAGAUGGGUUUUGUCCACAGACGACUGGCUGCACACAAGGUGCUAGUCAAUGCCAACCUGGGCUGCAAAGUGUCUGGCUUCAGACCCCUUCAGGAGGACAAGAUAGAGGCUAUCUACACCACACUGCAUGGAGGGAAGAGUGUGGUGCUGUGGACCGCUCCGGAGGCCAUCCAGUACCAUCGCUUCUCUUCAGCUUCAGAUGUCUGGAGCUUCGGCAUUGUUAUGUGGGAGGUCAUGUCUUAUGGAGAGAGACCCUAUUGGGAUAUGGGCAACCAGGAUGUGAUCAAGGCCAUAGAGGAUGGUUUCAGGCUGCCGGCUCCAGUUAACUGCCCUCCACAUCUCCAUCAGCUGAUGCUGGACUGCUGGCAGAAGGAGAGGACAGAGAGGCCCAGCUUCAGCCAGAUCCACUCCGCGCUUAGCAAGAGCAUCCGCUCCCCUGAUGGUAUCGGAUCCUCUACACUGGCACGCAGGACCCUGUCUUCAUCUAUCACACUAGCGGAAAGGCCUCUUCCAUCCUUCCCUUCCUUUAACUCAGUAGGAGAGUGGCUGGAUGCGGUGGACAUGGGCCGGUACAAGGACAACUUCACUGCCGCAGGAUACUGCUACCUGGAGUCUGUGGCGCGUAUGACUGUACAAGACGUACUGAGCCUUGGCAUCACUUCCCUGGAGCACCAGAAGCUGAUCCUGGCUGCCAUCCAAACCCUCAGAGCCCAGGUCAUCCAGAUGCACGGCCGCGGUGUGCAGGUCUAAACACACAGUCGACACACACUAUCUCACACCGAUGCAGACACACACAUUCGUGCAGAUGGACGGACGUGCGGACGGGAGGAGAGGACAGAGCUCUCCCACACUGAAGGAACGAUGAGCAGAUCCAUCAACUGACUGCGCUCCUCCACUUCCUCCUCCUCCUCCUCUCGCGCUCUCCUUCCGACACGUUCUCAUGCCUUCCUUGAUUCCUUCCUUACUUGCUUUAUGAAUCCCCCCCGGAGACGGGCGGUCUCGCCGUCGUGUAAUCUGGGAUUGCAGAAGAGUGAUGUCAUGUGACUUUUCAUGGCCUCAGUCUGCAUUUUGACCUUAAAAGAACUGUGUGCGCCGGUUCUGACAAACAAAGUACUUUCACUGGCUCUGUCGCUGUCCUCUAAGCAGUGGAGGAGGCAGAGAUGUACUACACUGCGACUAAAGUGGAUAUGGAUUAGUGCGAAAAGACACAUAAAAACAUGGGGGUGGAAUUUCCCUUUACCCCAACAUUGACAACGAAAUAUUAUCAAAAACCAGGAACUGGCUCUCUGUAAAAGAUGAUUUCUAGAGAAGCUGGAAAGGUACUGCUCCGCUUACUGGAGCCCACCUGUUUUCACCGACCUGGGAUCAGGAUGUCACAACUAACUGGGUACUUGCACAGCCAUUUCAUUGGAUUUCAGUGCUUUUUUUUUUUUUUUUUUUUUUUUUUUUUCGGAUCAGAUCAUAAAAGAACUCUUCUCCGCUGAAGAAGACUGGAGAUUUAACAGAGCUGGAAUGUAACUGCUAUCACUGAAAAACCGUUAUAAAGACUGAGCUGUCCCGUUGUCAAGGGUUCAGCAAGUUUUGGGGAGUGUGUAAUGGAGUUUGAUGAGGCCGCCAAAAGGCAAAAAAUGAACGGGGCUAGUGUACGGUCCUGUGCUGUCUUGUGUGCGGUCCAGAAUUCCUAACAGCAUCCAGGGCUGGAGGUCACAUGGUAUUGAUCUCGCUGGACGGCCUGAGCUAAGAUUUCUAAGUUGCGUUGCAGCCUUGAAGCUUAAUGUGGGAGGGGUGUGUGUUUUGGGUCGUGAUUUACCUUCAGGAAAAUAAGCAUGGAUGUUCUGAGCUAACGAUGGACAGUGAAAUAAAGGCUGCAGGAUACUACUGUAAAUCCAAAAGGGAAGGGUUGAAAAUGUGUUUUUUUUAUGGUUCAUUUACUUGUUGUACGUCGCUGUCUGUUUAGCUACUUUUGAUCAGAACUUUUUUAUUUCCACUCUCUAUUUCCCCUCUCUCUCUCUCUCUUUCUCUCUCUCUUUCUCUCUGUCUCUCUGUCGGUCUCCACACUCUGCUGGUGUUUUCUCUGUGUUUCAACCGUCUACUGUUCCCAUCAGCCAGGAUGUCAGUAUUUCCAUGCAGCAUCUUGUUAACGUAAUCCUCUAUAGUCUACAGGCGCUCCUACCACCGUGUGUAACGCGCUGUGUAGAAUACAGGUCGAGUGUUGGAAGGUGCCGUUAAGUCGGAUAUUUAUCCAUAUUUAUGUACGUUUACAGACUGUAACGUAAACCUCUCCAUACAAAGAGGGCGGAAAGGUGAAAAAAUAUAUAUAUUAUUUAAUUUAGUAUUUAAAAAAAUUCCGAGCAAAGCAGUCGUCCAUUCUUGUUUUGUUUACGUCAUGAAAUAUUUGUGUUGAUCUAAGAUAUUACUGUGAGUUUAUACUGAGGGAUGAAGAUGUUUUUUUUUUUUUUCUUUGUAUACUGAAAGUGAGGGGAUAACUGGAUAACAGUUUUUUUUUAAAAAUACUGUCAACACACAGUAUCUGUGUACUGUCAAACACUGGACGAGUUAAUGCAGUUUAUUGUCCAUGGUUGCGGAUGUGCUGUAUGCAGUACAGUGUAUGUGUUGCAGUAUGGAUGCAGUAUUGCAGAAUGUCAUAUAGUGUUGUUUUUUCCUUUCUGUUGCUGUGCGAGUGUCAUGUUUAAAUCUUAUGUUGCUAUUGGGUAUCAUGAGCUGCCACACAGUGUGGUUACGCGUUAUUACUGUCCCCAGUUUCCUACGAAUCCCAGAAUUAUCUCUGUACAGUAAACCGCCCCCCCCUCCCUCUGCCAUCUUUUCUGUUCUCUACGUUAGUACAAGACACUAGGAGAAAGUUUUUGGGGGCAUUAUCUGAUGAUCCUAAAGUUUCACAAAAGAUGGUCCAUGCAUUCAGUUUGACUUUUUUGGAUGGAAUAUUGUAAUAGGUUUGUAUUUGGUGCGAAAUCAGUUCUUCUUUAUCCUUACUUCUUUAUCCCUACUACUCUCUCUCUCUCUCUCUCUCUCUCUCUCGCUCUGUGUUACUGUUUUGUCACAAUAAAUAAACCCAUAUGAUGUCCUCGAUAGAUGUUCUCACGCACAUGUAAACAUAUCUGACAACACACUGUCAUUAUCCUGCUUUACACACACACACACACACACACACACACACACACGUCUGCAAACACACACACACACACACACACAGCAGACUGGACCUCGUCACUACAAUGAAUGAAGCUCAAGUCGUUUCCCUAUCUAUCCCCGCUCUCUGUUACUGUGACCAUUAUGUUACUAUUAUAUGUUUAAUACUGUAAAUAUGUAUUUGAAAAUGCUAAAUCUAUUUUUAUAAUUUGUUUGAAGAAUAAUGUGUUGAAAAUAAUAUCUGCUCACUGUGUAAGGGUUUUAUUUGUUUGAAUUUAGGGCCAUAGCCAAGAAACUCUGGUGUUUGGAAUAUAAAACUUAAAAAAAAAAGUUUCUUUUUUUGUUAGUUUUUGAUGAUUUUUACCUGUUAGAAAAAAAAAAUCUGAUGGCUGUUGCAAUACUGAAAUGUGUUAUUA